CUAUAUUUUAAUGUAUGAUACAUUCAAUCUUAAACAGCACAUGUCAUUUCAUACAAGAAUCGAUAUAGGAGUCACAACCACCACCAUGUUUUUCAGUAGUUCGACUUGCAGAUGCCUUCAACCCCGGAUGCACAAGUUCAGGAUGGAAUGUUACACUGGACAUGGCAAUUCUAAAACAGCUUUACCCUAAUAUAACAUCCAACCAUAUAUACUUUGGUGAUAACUCGUGCCGCGGGAAACAGGUGGGAAACAAAUUAAUAUUUCAGCAUGGAUUCACGGACUGUCUUACAGCUGAACGGAUCUCGGGCGACACCAUAUUAUACGAAAAUAACUUGUUCUACGCAAUUUACGACCCUAUACAACCAUUCAUUAUCCGUCAGCACAAGUGGACAUAUGGUGUUGAAUGUGACGUCAGCCGUAACGAGGCUACGUCAUCGCAUGUGCACCAUGACGUUGACGCUAUACAUUCUGCAGUAUCCAGUCAUUAUGAAAUAAACAUGACAUUCUUCAAAGAUCCAGGCUUUAUGAAUGAACUUCCUGGAAAUCCUUUACAUACGAACGUCGGUGACGAUGUCUACGUCAAAGUUUUCACGUUGGCAACAGACUGGAAUAUUAAAAUGAGGCUACAUACAUGCUACACCAAACCAACGGAGGUCGCAGCAGAUAUGACAUAUUACAUCAUCGCUGAUGGAUGCGAAGUAGACAGUAACACUCACAUUAUUUCCCAGUCUACACACGAGACGAGAUUCGUCUUCCAAGACUUUGAGUAUUCUACAAACGGCGAGGGUCUCAACAUCUAUUGUAAUGCCACGUUUUGUGAAACUAAAUAUUAUUCUCCGGGAUGUGCACAGUCUUGUAAAUCUUUUGGAACACAGGCUCUUGUUGGAAAAUAGACCACUACUUUAUCUAGCAAUCGAGUUACGUCAAUUUAUAUCAUUUCAUUCUAUAUUAUUGUUUAAAGCCAUUGUUCCAACAUGAAAUUACAUGAAAUGGACACGUGUAAUUGAACACUUCAUAAAAUUAAAAAAAAAACAUUGCUCUGUAUUGUUGUUGGGAACAAAUCACAAAACAUAUAAUAAAACAUGUUACGAAAUAUUGUCAUACAUUGGUCUUUAUAAUAUUGAAUAAUUGGGAGCCCGUUCAAAACAUUAUUCAUUUCCACUUUAAAGAAUCGUAGAUCUUACAGCUUUUCAUACAUCUACAGCAUUUGAUCAGUACGUGAAUCAAGCAAAAUACCAUUAUCUUACGACGUAAUUAAACUAGCAAGAAAAAAAUAGAGAAAUAAUUUCUACAAAUGUUGCUAGAUUCUGAAGUUAACAUUUUUUACAGUACUAUAAGGCAGAAACUUCUUGUGUCGAAUUUUGUUCUUGUGCGUUAGUGGUCA